AUGGGUAAGGAGGACAAGACUCACAUCAACAUCGUCGUUAUCGGCCACGUCGAUUCCGGCAAGUCCACCACCACUGGUCACCUGAUCUACAAGUGCGGUGGUAUCGACCAGCGUACCAUCGAGAAGUUCGAGAAGGAAGCCGCUGAGCUCGGUAAGGGUUCCUUCAAGUACGCUUGGGUUCUUGACAAGCUCAAGUCCGAGCGUGAGCGUGGUAUCACCAUCGACAUUGCCCUCUGGAAGUUCCAGACUGGCAAGUAUGAGGUCACCGUCAUUGACGCCCCCGGUCACCGUGACUUCAUCAAGAACAUGAUCACUGGUACCUCCCAGGCUGACUGCGCUAUCCUCAUCAUUGCCUCCGGUACUGGUGAGUUCGAGGCUGGUAUCUCCAAGGAUGGCCAGACUCGUGAGCACGCUCUGCUUGCUUUCACCCUCGGUGUCCGUCAGCUCAUUGUUGCCCUCAACAAGAUGGACACCUGCAAGUGGUCCGAGGACCGUUACAACGAAAUCGUUAAGGAGACCUCCAACUUCAUCAAGAAGGUCGGCUACAACCCCAAGGGUGUUCCUUUCGUCCCCAUCUCCGGUUUCAACGGUGACAACAUGCUCGAGCCCUCCCCCAACUGCCCCUGGUACAAGGGUUGGGAGAAGGAGACCAAGGCCGGCAAGGUCACCGGUAAGACCCUCCUCGAGGCCAUCGACGCCAUCGAGCCCCCCGUCCGUCCCUCCAACAAGCCCCUCCGUCUUCCCCUCCAGGAUGUCUACAAGAUCUCCGGUAUUGGAACUGUUCCCGUCGGUCGUGUCGAGACCGGUAUCAUUGCCCCUGGUAUGGUCGUGACCUUCGCUCCCGCCAACGUCACCACUGAAGUCAAGUCCGUUGAGAUGCACCACCAGCAGCUCAAGGAGGGUGUCCCCGGUGACAACGUUGGUUUCAACGUCAAGAACGUUUCCGUCAAGGAGGUUCGCCGUGGUAACGUUGCCGGUGACUCCAAGAACGACCCCCCUCUUGGCUGUGAGAGCUUCACCGCCCAGGUCAUCGUCCUCAACCACCCCGGUCAGGUCGGCGCUGGUUACGCUCCCGUCCUGGACUGCCACACUGCUCACAUUGCUUGCAAGUUCGCUGAGCUCCUUGAGAAGAUUGACCGCCGUACCGGAAAGUCUGUUGAAUCUUCCCCCAAGUUCAUCAAGUCCGGUGACGCUGCCAUCGUCAAGAUGAUUCCCUCCAAGCCCAUGUGUGUUGAGGCUUUCACUGACUACCCCCCUCUUGGUCGUUUCGCUGUCCGCGAUAUGCGCCAGACUGUUGCUGUCGGUGUUAUCAAGGCUGUUGAGAAGAAGGAGGGUGGUUCCGGUAAGGUUACCAAGGCCGCCCAGAAGGCCGGUAAGAAAUAA